AUGGCAGGAUCCCCACCUACCGGUACUGCUGCUGACACGUGGGCCAUGGCGGUGUCGGUCUUUAUGCCAGCUGCCAGCAGGGCGGGGCGGCAAUGGGAGGCUGCCCCCCCCGUGCGCUUUCUGCUCGUGGUUUGCGGCUGCCUCCGGCUCCCCGCCCUGGGCCCAGGCCGUGUGCCCGGGAGCGGCUGCGACUGCCAGCACCCCCAACACCUCCUGUGCACCAACAGGGGGCUCCGCGCCGUGCCCAAGACCAGCUCGCUGCCGAGCCCGCAGGACGUGCUCACCUACAGCCUAGGCGGCAACUUCAUAACCAACAUCACGGCCUUCGACUUCCACCGCCUGGGGCAGCUCAGACGGCUGGACCUGCAGUACAACCAGAUCCGCUCUCUACACCCCAAGACGUUCGAAAAGCUCUCACGACUGGAGGAGCUGUACCUGGGGAACAACCUCCUGCAGGCGCUCGCCCCGGGCACACUGGCCCCGCUGCGCAAACUGCGCAUCCUCUACGCCAACGGGAACGAGAUCAGCCGCCUGAGUCGAGGCUCCUUCGAGGGCCUGGAGAGUCUGGUCAAGCUGCGGCUGGACGGGAACGCCCUGGGGGCGCUGCCGGACGCGGUCUUCGCCCCUUUGGGCAACUUGCUCUACCUACAUCUGGAGUCCAACCGGAUCCGCUUUCUGGGCAAGAACGCCUUUGCCCAGCUGGGCAAGCUGCGCUUUCUCAACCUUUCUGCCAACGAGCUGCAGCCCUCGCUGCGCCAUGCGGCCACCUUCGCCCCGCUGCGCUCCCUCUCCACCCUCAUCCUCUCGGCCAACAGCCUGCAGCACCUGGGGCCCCGCGUCUUCCAGCACCUGCCCCGCCUCGGCCUGCUCUCCCUCAGGGGCAACCAGCUCGCGAACCUCGCACCAGAGGCCUUUUGGGGGCUGGGGGCCCUGCGGGAGCUGCGCCUGGAGAGGAAUCGGUUGAGCCAGCUGCCCGCGGCGCUGCUGGAACCUCUGCACAGCCUGGAGGCGCUGGACCUGAGCGGCAACGAGCUGUCCGCCCUGCACCCCACUACCUUUGCCCACCUGGGCCGGCUGCGCGAACUCAGCCUACGCGACAACGCGCUCAGCGCCCUCUCGGGGGACAUCUUCGCCGCCAGCCCGGCCCUCUACAGGCUGGACCUAGACGGCAACGGCUGGACCUGCGACUGCCGGCUGCGGGGCCUGAAGCGCUGGAUGGGCAACUGGCACUCGCAAGGCCGGCUUCUCACCGUCUUUGUGCAGUGCCGCCACCCCCCGGCCCUGCGGGGCAAGUAUCUGGAUUACCUGGACGACCAGCAACUGCAGAACGGGUCUUGCGCCGAUCCCUCUCCCUCGGUUUCCCCGACCGGCGAUGCCAAGCGGCGGCCCUUUCCCACAGCCACGAGGGAGAAGAUGGCGCCCCCUGCCGGUGGCCUCGCGAAGGAGCUGCCGCCACAACCGCAGCUGCAGCCACAGCAGCGGGAGAGAUUACCGCCCGGGGCGCCCUGGGAUGGGGAGCUCUUGGGCAACCGCAGCGCCCUGAGGCUGAGCCCAUGGGGUCCAGGCCUCCAGCAGCCGGGCCCCUCCGCCGCUGCUGUGGCGGGCCCGGCGCCACACCCCCUGGACCUGCAGGAGAAGCCCCAGGGGGGACGCCCGUCGCCGGCCGAUCCAGCCCACGCGGAGCCCACCCUACCCGGCACGGAAGCCUCUGCGCCGCCGCCCGCCGGCGACCUCUGGCAGCGCGCCGCGCAGCAGCGCCUCUUCCCGCAGCAGCAGGAGAGCGCCGCCCAGGCCGACGGCGGGGCCGUCCUGCCGCCGCUGGUGUCCGACCCGUGCGACUUCAACAAGCUCAUCCUGUGCAACCUGACGGUGGAGGCGGUGGGGGCCGACAGCGCGUCGGUGCGCUGGGCGGUGCGCGAGCACCGCAGCCCCCGGCCGCUGGGCGGCGCACGCUUCCGCCUGCUCUUCGACCGCUUCGGCCAGCAGCCCAAGUUCCACCGCUUCGUCUACCUGCCCGAGCGCAGCGACUCGGCCACGUUGCGCGAGCUGCGCGGGGACACCCCCUAUCUGGUGUGUGUGGAGGGCGUGCUGGGCGGCCGGGUCUGCCCGGUGGCCCCCCGGGACCACUGCGCCGGGCUGGUCACCCUGCCGGAGCCUGGGGGCCGGAGCGGCGUCGACUACCAGCUGCUGACCUUGGCCCUGCUGGCCGUCAACGCGCUGCUCGUGCUGCUGGCCUUGGCGGCCUGGGCGUCGCGCUGGCUGCGCAGAAAGCUGCGGGCCAGGAGAAAGGGCGGGGCCCCCGUCCACGUUCGCCACAUGUACUCCACCCGGCGGCCCCUGCGCUCCAUGGGCACCGGCGUGUCCGCCGACUUCUCCGGGUUCCAGUCGCACCGGCCGCGCACCACCGUGUGCGCGCUCAGCGAGGCGGACCUCAUCGAGUUCCCCUGCGACCGCUUCAUGGACAGCGCGGGCAGCGGCGCGGGCGGCAGCCUGAGGCGGGAGGACCAUCUCCUGCAGCGAUUUGCCGACUAGAUCCAGGGCCUCCAGGUUGUGGAGACCAUCUCAUUGGCCUUGAGGAGCCCUCUCUCUUUGGCGCCCUUCAACCCACCUCAGGGGAAGAUCUCAUUCCAUCAGACCGUCUCCUUUUGUGCAUUUGGCCAGAGAGGCCAAAGAGGCCAAUUCAGCACUGCUCCCCUGCCCCCCAAUUCCCAAUACUCAUAAAAUAAAUGGGUGGUACUUGGUGGUCAAGACCAAGAGUAGGGGACGCAUGGAUAGUGGGGUACAGAGGUGGGAGGCCCUCUUUACACGGAGACCGUGGCGCAGCUAUGAGACUGGUUUUGGUGGCAUGGCAGUACAAUAGUCUCACCCCCUUGGGGGUAGGAAAGGGGGCUUGUGCCCCCAGCAUGGCCAGAUUUGGAGAUUUGGAGACUAAAUACUUUUUUACUUGUUCAGUGUCAGAAAGAGGUGUUUUGUGUUCUAUUUAAGAAAAAAGGAACUUAUUACCAUGACAAAGGAGGCUUGGCAGGACCACCACUGGUCUGGAGGUUUGUGCCAAGAAGGAUGGUGUCAGCAGGUGGUAAAGUUUAACACACUCACCCAGGGGGAACUCCUUGAUGGUGGAUAACUUGACCUUUAAAUAAUCAGAGACGCUACUUUUUUUUUUUUCAACAAUGUGAAGAGCUCUGACAUUUAACAAACUGACAAACUCAAGGACUAUUUUAGAUGAGCCAGGUGGCUCAACAGUUUUCUUUUUUUUAACGUGAACAUCACAAGAAGGUUCGCUGACCUUGGGGUUAACUGAGAUGACACACUUUCUCUGGAGAAGGCUGCGUCCAAGACUUCUCCGUCAGGGUUGCUCCUGUGGCUUUUUUAAUUUUAUUUUUUUAAACCCAUAGAUGGGAGAGGAAAUGUCAAUGCCAGACUUGAUCAACGAAUGUAAUGCGUAGGUCACAGGUGGCCCCGUAGGGAAGGCCAGUGUUCUAGUUUGCUUACCACAUCGCUGACAGUGUGUGUGGGUUGGGGAAAAUGCCAUGUGCUACUUCUCAUGUUUUUAUCCAUGACAUGCAAUUGACCGUGUCCUACUGGCCCUGAGUUGCACAGUUAAGUGUUAAAGGACAUUUCCUAAUAGGGGAGCAAAAGGUGAUUGUGUAUGUUUGGUCGCAUUAAUGUCUUACUCUACGGGAAAUAGUAGAAGGGAAGAAAUUAUUGGGAAAAUGUGAAAAAAAUGGACAUCGGUGGUGGUUUUUCUACGAAAACCAGAAGAUUGUUACGAGUACUUAAACCUCACUGUGAAAUAAUUCUUUUUGCAAGUUAGUCCCUCCAUGACCCUGUGUUUUACUGUGUUAUUAAAUCUUAUCUUGUAGUUGA